UGACAUGGGUAUACUGUACGCAGGUAUUCCAAGAUCAUAUCUGGGUAUUUACCGAUAGUGGGAAUGUCACGCUCGCAGAAUGCUCACGGAUUCGGAUUAUCGUCAUCGGCGGACGGAUGGCGAGUGCUUCGUCGUGAUGAUGCUAUUCUUGCAUUUGGGCGUUGACAGUGCCUCAACCAGAGAGCUCGUACUGCUGUAAAUGACGAUGCUUUCGAUCAUCAGCGCAGAUCUCGAGAGAACAUUUCGUAUGCCCUGCGCGAGAAACCAUACGUCGCAUCGCCACGUCAAGCCGUCACAAGACGAGAUGUCACGAAUCCGGUAUGCUUAUCUGGCCGGAUUGACCACUCGAUUGCGGAAGAGCAUUCGUGGGGAGACGAUCAGUCGCGAUACUUGCGGGUGGAAAGGCAGACUUCACCAUGGUAGAGCGCGACCGGAAAUAGAAGAGCCAGAUGGUACCUUGCUCUGGGCCAUAUGCAGACAGCAUGGUAGCUUUCUCAGCUAUUUCUGCUGUCCGAUGCGUUACAUGUGCAGGCCAGCUGGGUUUGACCGAGUCGGCUGCUUGGAUGAUCGCGCCAAGAAGCAGAGUGUGUGCCACGGUGCCCCAUUCCGAGAGCCGUAUCCGUACCCUCGAGAUCACCGAUCUGUCCGCUGGCGGCAUAUUCUGUGGCCAGGCUAAUGAAAAUUGAGACCGUAACACGACAGGGUGGAACAGUCCGGCAGUUUUGCGAAUCGGAAUUAAUCCUCGCCACUUCGUCACCGUCCAUGUCCCGACAUGCGGCGCUGCUGCCCACGGUCAGCUGAAAUCGCCGCUUUCACCGCGCUCAGCCUGUCUGGCCAGGCGAAAAAUGGACUCUG